AUGUCGUUACUCGAGUCUCCUUCAUUCGAGACAAUCUCUUCAGAAAUAAAGUCCACUACUCACCCGGGUGGAGGCUAUGUUCUUGCACUAACAUCGUUGGGAAAUUACUAUGUUUCUUCUGCUUCUGCUCCGUCAAAUGCAAUUCAUCUUUUUGACAAGUCAUCCUUGAAAUGCGUCCAGACACUUAAAGGCCAUCAAAACGCUACCACAGCCUUGCGAACCGUCAGAAGCAUCGGGGGGUCUGACCGGCAUACACUUCUAUCUGCUGGUAAGGAUGGGUGUGUGAUUGCUUGGGAUGAACGUUCUGGCGCUCCGACCAUGCAAAUGACAACAUCUGGGAGAUCUAGUACCGUUUUGUCUUGUGAUGCUUCUCAUGAUGGCUUGACUGUUGCUGCGGGAACGGACCUACAGAAGGAGGACGCAUUUAUACUCUACUGGGAUCCUCGGAAAUCAGCUGUACCUCUCCGUGUUCACGGCUCAACACAUUCGGACGACAUCACUGCAGUGCACUUUCUAAAAAAUUGCCCGUCUCCAACAUCUGGACAGAUCUUGCUAUCAGCUUCCACUGAUGGCUUGGUUAGCACAUCAAAUUCUGCGGAAGAUGAUGAGGAUGAAGCAGUUCUGAACGUUGGGAGUUGGGGUUGUAGCAUCUCUCAAGCAGGAUGGAUCCGCAACUCGUCCACCAAUCGCGUUUGGGCUGCAAGUGAUAUGGAAACAUUCAGCUGCUGGUCAAAUGAGCUUGACAUGUUGCAGAAUUGUGACAUUCGCCAUCCCUCCGUUCAUAGCCAUGGGCGAACUUGGGUCACCGACUAUUUGAUAACAUGUCACAAUACAAAACGAUCUGACAGUAACCUCGCUGUAUUUGUUGGCUCGAACGAGGGUGAUGUGGCCCUUCUCUCGAGUUCGGAUGUGACAGACUCAUCUGUGCCAUGGGCAAUAAAUUCGGUAUGGGCCAAGGGUCACACUGGAGUGGUCCGUUCAGUCUUCUGGGAUGAAAACGUACGUUUUCUUGGCGAGGAUUCAAAGAUAAGUACAUGGCGUUGCCCUAUUCCCAGACAGCCUUCGGGGUUUGAUGAAGGUGCGAUGGAUAUGGACUCCGCUAUCUUGAAAAGGGAACGUGAUGACGAGAUGGAUAUCAGCGAGAGUGAGCCAGAAGGUAAAAAAGUAAAGCGGCAAUCGUGA